UCGCAAAAUCGUGUGCGGCGCCGCACAGAUAAUUUUGUUACGGGAUUUUGUUUGUUUAUACACGUUCGUUUGGCCGCAGGUAGCCCUUAAAAUGUUACACAAUAUUGCAAAACUUUGCCAGUAUCGAAGGAAAGUGUUUCACAUCCUGCCGCACGUGCGAUGCGCCAUCCGGAGGCAGCUCAGUACGCCCGCCUUCGAAAGUCCCGAAGUCGAUGUAGCUUUAAGCACGGGGAGAAUCCUAAAGAUCUCAUCCGGAAAGUAUGCACGCUUCGCGGACGGAUGUUCCGUCGUAACGAUCGGCGAUACGGCCGUUAUGGUGACGGCGGUGUCGAAACAGAAAUCACAGAAUACCUCCUUCCUGCCGCUGGUGGUCGAUUAUCGGCAAAAGUCGGCAGCCGCCGGUCGCAUCCCGACCAACUUUCUGCGCCGUGAGCUUGGACCCUCGGAAAAGGAAAUCCUGUCCGCUCGGCUGGUGGACCGCUCGAUACGGCCACUCUUUCCCGCCGAGUUUCGCUACGACACACAGAUCGUGUGCAAUAUGCUUGCUAUCGAUUCGGCCAACCCGCCGGACGUGCAGGCGAUCAAUGGUGCGUCGGCAGCGCUGGCGCUGAGCGACAUCCCCUGGAACGGUCCCGUCGGUGCCGUUCGCGUCGGUUUGGUGGACAACGAAGCGAUCAUAAACCCCACCCGCAAAGAGAUGCAGCUCAGCUCGCUGGAUCUGGUGGUAACGGCCACCCGUCAGAAUCUGGUCGUCAUGCUGGAAGGUCGAGGGAAGGUGGUGAACGAAAACGAACUCCGAAUGGCGAUCAAGAAGGGCACGAAGGAGGCUCAGCUUAUCAUCAACGGCAUCGAGCGGUUGCAAAAGAUGUACGGCAAGCCCAAGCGAGCACUGGAACCACUUCCGGCGGUAGACGAAGAGAUUCAAAACGCCGUCCAAACGAUGUCGGAGAUGCGGUUGAGGGAAAUCUUCCGUGACUAUUCGCACGACAAGUUCAGCCGCGAUCAGGCGGUCAGCAAAACGCGCACCGAUACGAUCGACAAAGUGUGGUCGAGCUUCCCGGCCGCCGACCCCGGUGUAAUUUCGGAAACGUUCAACAAGUUCGUGAAGGGUGUGUUCCGCGAGAUGCUGCUAGAGGAAAAGCGACGUUGCGACGGGCGGGGGCUGGACGAUUUGCGCAAAAUCAGCUGCUCGGUCAACCUGCACAAACCACUGCACGGGUCGGCGCUGUUUCAGCGCGGCCAGACGCAAGUAUUCUGCACCGUCGCGCUCGAUUCGCCCGAGAGUGCUUUGCGGCUCGAUCCGAUCGCUUCGCUCGACAGUGGGAUGCGGUCGAAAAACUUCUUCCUGCACUACGAGUUCCCCCCGUACGCGACGGGUGAGACGGGCAAGAUCGGGCCGAUCGGGCGCCGCGAGAUUGGGCACGGUGCGCUGGCGGAGAAGGGGCUCGUGCCGAUCAUCCCGAACGAGCACCCGUUCACAGUACGUCUCACCUCAGAGGUGCUGGAAUCGAACGGGUCCAGCUCGAUGGCGACCGUGUGUGCCGGCUCGAUGGCGCUGAUGGAUGCGGGCGUGCCGGUUCAGGAAGCGGCCGCCGGUGUAGCGAUCGGGUUGAUAACGAAGUACGAAAACAACGACACGAAACACCUGCAGGACUACUGCAUACUGACCGAUCUGCUCGGCAUCGAGGACUACAUGGGCGAUAUGGACAUGAAGGUGGCGGGUACGAGGCGCGGCAUGACGGCGAUACAGGCGGAUAUAAAGGUGCCUGGCAUACCGCUGAAGGUGGUGAUGGAAGCGCUGCAGAAAUCGAUGGAAGCUCGCUUUAAAAUACUCGACCUGAUGGACGAAACGAUCGGUGCGUCGCGCACCGUGCGGAAAGAUUGUUGGCCCGUAACGGAUCGGCUGGUGAUCGGGGCACAUCAGCGGGCGAAACUGCUCGGACCGGGAGGCACAAACCUUAGGAGGCUGUAUCUCGAAACGGGCGUACAGCUAACCCCGGACGACGAAACGAGCUUCCGGAUAUUUGCCCCAUCCGAGGCGGCCAUGCACGAGGCGAAGGAGUACCUGGAGAAUCUGCUGAAGGCGGAAAAGAUACCGGACCUAGAGUUUGGUGCCAUCUACACGGCCCGGAUAGUGGAGCUGCGCGAUACGGGUGUGAUGGUGACGCUGUAUCCUUCGAUGCCACCAACACUGCUGCACAACUCGCAGCUCGAUCAGCGAAAGAUUGCUCAUCCGUCAGCGCUUGGAUUGCAAGUGGGUGCAGAAAUUCAGGUGAAAUACUUUGGCCGUGAUCCCGUGUCCGGGUACAUGCGCCUAUCACGAAAGGUACUGCAAGGUCCGGCCACUGCCAUGAUUCGGAAUCUCGAUCGGCCAGGUGCAGCAGGUGCCACAGCCGGCGCAACAACAAACCCAACGACCAGCGGGAUGGAGGAUGUGAAAAGUUAAUCUUUACUUGGUGCGGUCAAACUGUGAAAGGGAAAAGAAAUCGUACUGCCGUAGGUAAGGACAAGAGUAUCGAAACUAGGCAAUAAAAAGUGUACAUAUUGUAAGAAUCAAG